AUGUCUUUGAGAGCAAGGCAGAAGAUCCGCGCUCCCCGAAGGGGCUUUGCGACGAGCGGAACAGACGGUUUCGAAUCGAAUUGGAAGGACUUGUCAAGUUCUCUGGCAAGAAUCCACACCAAGGAUGCCUCGGACCUGUCCUUCGAGCAACUUUACCGCAAUUCAUACAACAUCGUUCUGAUCCAGCGCGGAGACGAUUUAUAUGAACGAACGAAACAACUCGAGAAAGAAUGGCUGUGCGGAGAGGUAAAAAAGCGAGUUGUCGCUGGGAUUUCUCCUGGCCUUCUGCUUGCGAAGGAGAUUGUUGAUAUGCAGGACCAGGCUACUGAGAGGCGGGCGGCCGGAGAGAAGUUUCUCACGGCAUUGAAGGAGGCCUGGGAGGACCAUCAACUGUGUAUGCAGAUGAUUACGGACGUCUUGAUGUAUAUGGAUCGAGUCGUUGUGGGUCGGAAGGUUUCUAUCUAUUCUGCUGCCAUGGCGUUGUUUCGUGACCACGUCUUGCGAUCGUCAAUACAAUCCGACGAGGCAACGACGGUUGACGAUGUGCUUAAAUCCACGGUGUUGUUCAUGAUCCAGUUGGAGCGGUCUGGGCAUAUGGUUGAUCGGCCUUUGAUCCGCCACUGCAUUUACAUGUUGGAGGGUUUAUAUGAAACGGAGGCAGAAGAGGAGUCUUCCAAGCUCUACUUGACCUCAUUUGAGCCGGAAUUUCUCGAAACCAGCACAGCUUUCUACCAGGCCGAGGGUAAACGACUGUUGGGGACGGUAGAUGCGGCCACUUUCUGCGGUGUUGCCUUUGAUCGAAUAGCGGAGGAGAAGGAACGAUGUCUCUAUACGCUAUCCCACCUUAGCGAGCCCAAGAUCAAGGACGUGCUGGACAAUGAAUUGAUACGCAAUAAUCUUGCCGAAGUCAUCAAUUUCGAGGGGACCGGAGUUCGAGUCAUGCUGGAUCAUGACCGAAUAGACACCCUGAGUAAAGUUUAUGCACUCAGCGCACGGGUUGAUCCAAAAAAGCCUCAUCUAACCGCGGCGAUACAGAAGCGUGUCGUAGAGAUGGGACGAGAGAUCAAUGCUGCAUCAACUGCAUUCUCACAGGCAUCCACGACCGCGAAGUCGACUGGAGCAGAUGCAGGCCAGAAAAGGGAUAAAGACAAGGAGAGGGAGAAGGAGAAGGAGAAGGAGAAGGAGAAGGAGAAGGAGAAAGAAAAGCCCGUGAACCAACUGACGACAUCUGCCAUCAAAUGGGUCGAUGACAUCCUAGCCCUUAAGAAGAAGUUCGAUGAUAUCUGGAAGGGCGCGUUUCAGUCUGAUCAAGUGCUACAGAGCGCGAUUACGGCCAGUUUCUCCGAUUUCAUCAACUCUACUCCACGAAGCUCAGAGUUCCUCUCGCUUUUCUUCGACGAAAACCUCAAGAAAGGUAUCAAGGGGAAAACAGAAACUGAGGUUGAUACCCUGCUGGAUAGCGGGAUCACACUUCUGCGCUACAUCAAAGACAAGGAUCUCUUUGAGGCCUACUACAAAAAGCAUCUCUCCCGCCGACUGCUCAUGAAGCGAUCGGUGAGCAUGGAUGCAGAGCGGCAAAUGAUCUCAAAGAUGAAGAUGGAGGUUGGCAAUCAGUUCACUCAACGAUUAGAAGCCAUGUUUAGGGAUAUGACGAUAUCGGAGGAACUAACCGGCAGUUACAAGCAACACGUACAAAGGAUGGGCGAUCCCGAUCAAAAGCGGCUUGACCUGGAUAUUAAUGUCCUCACCAGCACCAUGUGGCCAAUGGAGAUCAUGUCGAGUACUAGAGACGGUCACAUUGAGCCUCCAUGCAUUUUCCCUAAGGAGGUCGAAAUCGUCAAGCAAAGCUUUGAGAAAUUCUAUUUGAGCAAGCAUAGCGGCCGAAAGCUUUCCUGGCAAUCUAGCAUGGGCACAGCAGACAUUCGAGCAACUUUCCAGAAGUCAAAUGGUAAGACGCAGCGCCAUGAAUUGAAUGUGUCGACCUAUGCUAUGGUUGUUCUUCUACUUUUCAAUGACGUGCCCACGGGCGAGUCUCUCACGUAUGAGGAGAUUCAGGCGCGCACGCGCAUCCCUGAUAACGAUCUUAUCCGAAACCUGCAAUCCCUAGCUGUUGCACCUAAGACUCGAGUCCUGAAGAAGGAUCCUAUGAGCAAAGACGUGAAACCCACUGAUAAGUUCUACUUCAACAAUGACUUCCAGAGCCCAUUCUUGAAGGUACGUAUUGGUGUGGUUAGCGGCAGUGGGAACAAAGUCGAGAACCAGGAUCAGAGAAAGGAAACUGAAAAGAAGAUGAGCGAGGAGCGUGGUGCUAGCAUUGAGGCUGCCGUUGUACGGAUCAUGAAGCAACGCAAGAAGCUGAUUCACUCAAAUCUGAUCAGCGAAGUUCUUGGUCAGCUAUCCACUCGAUUUGUUCCGGACGUCAACAUGGUCAAACGACGGAUUGAAAGUCUGAUUGACCGCGAAUACCUCGAGCGUAUCGCCGAGGAACCCCCUACGUACGGCUACGUUGCAUGA